AUGAUCACGAUUUCCUUGCUGUAUUUAUGCGCACUUUUUCAAUAUUCUCUUGGUCAAGUCGACUCAUCCGAUCUAUCGAUUCCCGAGGAAGCUGUCGGACGCCCCGAACAACCCCAACAUAUCCGCAAUGGAAGUGCAGACGAAGUCACGAGGAAUUUAUGUUUCUGCAAUUACGAGGGGGAUAUCUGUGAUGCGAAUAAUACGUGUAUAAAACACAGCUAUGCAGCAUGUUUUCAUUUCAUGAAAGAGGUCUACAAUGGUGAGCUUCGUCGUAUGGAAACGGUACAUCAGUAUGGAUGCGCUACUCUGGAAAAAGGAAGCUCUGCUUCUCAUCUUACUUGUAAUUCCUUCCGAUCUCCUCAUCGAACGCCAAAAAGUAUUGCUUGUUGUUACGAAGGGAAUUACUGCAACUUACGGAUAACUCCACCACCCUAUAGACAGCUUCCAAAGGAAGCGGAGUUUUACGAUGAGGAAUGGUUAGAACGGAAACCUAAUCCAUUGGUCCAUGUUUUCCUCCCGCUGGUGAUCGCAGUGUUCGUUUUAGCGAUUGGUUGUGCUUGGUGCAUCUUGAAAAGAAGACGAAAAGAUCUUAAGAAAUGGUUGCCUUUAGGCAAAAACAAACAGAAUCUUUUGCCCACUCCGGAGCUGGAUCCGAUAAUGUACGAUGAUUCAGGAAGUGGCUCCGGCUCAGGAAAAGCGACGAUGGUCCAAAGGACAGUCGCGAACGAUCUCAUCAUAGAAAAAAUUAUCGGGAAAGGAAGGUAUGGAGAAGUUCGUAUCGCAAGGUUCCGGGGAAGUUUAGUGGCUGUUAAAACGUUCUAUACGACAGAGGAAGAUUCGUGGAAUAAUGAGAGGGAAAUUUACGAGACUCAAAUGCUGAACCAUGAGAACAUUUUACAAUUUGUUGCUGCCGACAUCUUCAGUAUGGAUUCGCUCACACAAAUGAUCCUGGUGACAGAUUAUCAUCCGCUCGGAUCACUCUACGAUUAUCUUCAAAAGGAGCAGGCACUCACCACUCAAGAAGCGUUGCAGUUAGCAUACAGCUCUAUUUGUGGAAUCGAACAUCUUCAUGCGUCAGUGCUUGGAACUGGAAGUCGACGGAAACCACAAAUUGCUCAUCGUGAUAUCAAAUCCAAAAAUAUCAUCGUGAAACGACCUGGCGUUUGCUGCAUCGCCGAUUUCGGAUUAGCAGUCAGAUUCGAAGAUCGACUGAUUCCUGAAAAAGUAAACAUUCAAGUGGGCACAAAACGAUACAUGGCUCCGGAGGUGAUAAGAAAAGAUCUCAAUCCGAAUUUCUUCGCUCAAUUCAAGAUGGCCGACAUGUAUUCGUAUGCGCUGGUGCUUUGGGAGAUCGCAAGAAAGGUUGAGUGUGCUGAUGUUUGUGGAACAUCUAUCGGAUCCGGCGAAUCUGGCUAUAAUUCUGCAAGCAGUGAGGGUAAAGGACUUACCAUCUAUUCAGAGAUGAAGAGUGAAAAUUACAGAAUGCAACAUAUGCAGAAAAGCUCGGACGGUUCAAGACGAUCAUAUCCAUAUAAGCCACCAUUUGGUGAACUUGUCGACAGUGACCCAUCAUUUGCGGAAAUGGAAAAGAUCGUUUGUGGCGCUAAUGGAAAGCGACCUCCUUUGGAGCUUUCAUGGACAAAUGGAAGCAACUUUCACCUUCAAAAAAUGGUUGGUCUGAUGGUUGACUGCUGGCAUCAUUCACCACAUUGCAGGCAUACGGCCUUAAAAGUGAAAAUCGCCCUUGGCGAGGUCAUAGAGGAUCUGUUACUGCUGCAUGAGCGGGAAGCGAAAGAGCGCAUCUCUUCACAAACGAUGAGAGUAAUUAACGAAGAAACCAACGAACUCCCUAAGGUGGUGAUCCAAAAUGUUCCAGGCAGUAAAGUAACCGCUCCAGCGUGUCCGGCUACUUGUUAA